AGGAAUAGAGAGGGAGAGAUAGUAUAGGCAGCGCUGGGACGAGGGCCGCAGCGACAGCGACGUCUUCCUCCCUCUGGCCUCUGGGAUUUUGAGCUGCUCAGCUCUCGCCCCCGUCCAAUUCCAAUAUCUGCAGCAGCAGCAGCAGCAGCAGCAGCCGCGGCGGCAGGAGCAGGAGGGGAUCAGCAGCGGAAUAGCCGCGCCAGCAGAGCACCGGAAGGCGAGGAAAAGGAGCUCGGUUUUUUUAUAUACCAACCGGCCACCACCCGCCCUGCGCGCUACUACUACUCGUAGCUACUGGCUAGCUGCUUGCCUUCCCCUUUGCGUCGUCGCGCUCUUCGCCGUCCCCUUUCAGAAUCGGAAGGCGAUUGCACAAGGCUGCUGCGCGCGUGCUCGGCCGCCGUCCGCCCGAGACCCGACCGGACAAAGAGGGGAGGAGAAAAAAAAAUAUAGAGUUAGUCACACACAGCAGCACAGGAGGACGGGGAGAGGGAUUGAGAGAGAUAAAGAGAUUUCGGGAGACAAGGAGAGAGAGAGACAGAGAUGGCGGAGAGGAGGAGGAGGAGCAGCCGCUGCUCUCGGAGGCAGCACCCCUUUCACUCCCGCACCCAGAUAACGAUGUGCUAGUUCCGGCCUCUUAGGUUAAGGAAGGUGGAGGUUGUGGCCGGGAUCCCGCCGACGAUGAUGACAGUGGCGCCGCCGGCAUGGGCAUAGCGGCGCCACCGUACCAGCAGACCAUCACCACGUACGUGAGCCAACCCACCAAGAGCAGCGCAGCGAUCUCCGCCUCCGCCCGGGCGGCUACCGCGACGUCUAUGUCCCACUCCCAGGGAUUCCACCACCAGGCCAGCAGCGGCGUCUACGGCUACUCCUCUGAUGGCUUCGACCGCCCGGACUCCAGCCACCACCAGCAGGAUCACCAUCAGCAGCAGCACGAGCACGUGGCGCAGCAGAGCCGCCGCGACAAGCUGAGGGUGCAGGCCGGCUUCGACCCGGCCGCCGCCGCCGGGCACGGCCUGCUCCCUAUCGACGGCGGCGACGACCAUGGCGGCCCCGGGUCCAUAUACGAGCAAGCGGCGGCGGCCGCCGGGGCCUCCAACAUGCUCUCCGAGAUGUUCAACUUCCCCGCGCCGCCUUCGGGUCCCUCCGCCACCGAGCUGCUGGCCAGCCAGAUGAGCGCCAACUACCGCUUCGGGCUACGGCAACAGCAGCAGGCCGGGCCCGGAGGGGUGGCCGGCUUGUCCGGCGGCGACGGCGGUUGGUUCGGGACCGGCGCGGCGGGUCGUGCUGGCUUGGUCCUCGGUGGGGCCAGCAUGGGCUCGUUAGGUGAAACGUCGUCCCCGAAGCAGCAGCAAGCAGGCAGCAUGGCUGGCCUGGCCACCGACCCGGCCGCCGCGAUGCAGCUCUUCCUCAUGAACCCACAGCAGCAGCAGCAGCAGUCUAGAUCGUCGCCGACGUCGCCGCCGCCGUCGGACGUGCAGCACCACGAGGCGUUCCAGGCGUUCGGCGCCGCCGCCGGGGCCGCGUUCGGUGGCGCCGGGACCGGCGUCGUGGAAGGCCAGGGUCUGUCCCUCUCGCUGUCGCCGUCGCUACAGCAGCUGGAGAUGGCGAAGCAGGCCGAGGAGCUGAGGGUCCGGGACGGCGUGCUCUACUUCAACCGGCAGCAACAGCAGCAGGGCCCGACGUCGGUGCAGCAGCAGCAGCUGCCGAUGGCAUUGCACGGCCAGGUCGGCGCGCUGGGGCAGCAGCUGCACGUCGGAUACGGCCCCGCGGGCGUCGCGGGCGUGCUGCGCAACUCCAAGUACACCCGCGCGGCGCAGGAGCUCCUGGAGGAGUUCUGCAGCGUCGGGCGCGGGCAGAUCAAGGGCGGCGCGCGGGGCGGGCGUGGGGCCUCGGCGUCCAACCCUAACGCCAGCAAUAAGCAGGGCGGCGCCUCCAGCUCCGGCGCCGCGCAGUCGCCGUCGUCCGCGUCCAAGGAGCCCCCUCAACUGUCCCCCGCCGACCGGUUCGAGCACCAGCGCAAGAAGGCCAAGCUCAUCUCCAUGCUCGACGAGGUGGACCGUCGGUACAACCACUACUGCGACCAGAUGCAGAUGGUGGUGAACUUCUUCGACUCGGUGAUGGGGUUCGGCGCGGCGACGCCGUACACGGCGCUGGCGCAGAAGGCCAUGUCGCGGCACUUCCGGUGCCUCAAGGACGCCAUCGCGGCGCAGCUGCGGACCACGUGCGAGCUGCUCGGGGAGAAGGACGCCGGCACCAGCUCCGGGCUCACCAAGGGCGAGACCCCGCGGCUGCGCGCCAUCGACCAGAGCCUCCGGCAGCAGCGCGCCUUCCACCACAUGGGAAUGAUGGAGCAGGAGGCCUGGAGGCCCCAGCGCGGCCUCCCCGAACGCUCCGUCAACAUCCUCCGAUCCUGGCUCUUCGAGCACUUCCUGCACCCGUACCCGAGCGACGCCGAUAAGCACCUGUUGGCGAGGCAGACCGGGCUGUCCAGGAACCAGGUCUCCAACUGGUUCAUCAACGCCCGUGUCCGGCUAUGGAAGCCCAUGAUCGAGGAGAUGUAUCAGCAGGAGUGCAGGGAGCUCGAGGGUUCCUCGGCCGGCGGCGGGGGCGGCCCCGAGUCCGGCAACGACCCCUCCGGCGCCGACGACUCGCACUCUCCGACCACCACCGGCGCAGCGCAGCUCCCGCAACAGCAACAGCAGCACGGCACAAUGCCCGGAGUGAUGAUGCCCCACAAGCCCGACCCGAGCGCCGCGGGUCCUUCGGCUGCGGACGCGGCGUUCGUCGGGAUCGACCCGGUGGAGCUCCUCGGCGGCGACGCGCACGUGGGCGGUGGCGCGGACGACCUGUACGGGCGGUUCGAGCCCGGGGUGAGGGUGCGGUACGGGCCCGCUGCGGCAGGCGCGGCCGCCGGCGACGUGUCUCUGACGCUAGGCCUGCAGCACGCCGGCGCCGGCAACGCCGGGCCCGACAGCACCGGGCGGUUCUCCUUGAGAGACUACAGCGGUUGUUGAUGCUUACAUACAUGCAUCGCUACAUCACCUUUCAUGGCUCAUGCAUGCAUGCGCACAAUCAUGCAUUUGGAAGAGUACGGAUCGAGGAAAGAGAGAGAGAAACAGUAAAAACAGAGAAGAGAGAGAGAGGGUGCUAGACAGAGAGAGAUGAGCAUCUAGAAAGAGAAAAUUUGCAUGGUGCCUGGAGGUGAUGAAUGGGAUGGGAUAUAUGAAAAUGAGAUCAUCAAAACCGCCUCCUGCUUCUCGUCGUCCUUCUUCCCAGAUGAUUCUUAAUUUACUUAGCUAGCACAUUAAUUCCUUUUGUUAGGCAUUAUUGUUGGGGGGUUAAGGAUAAUUAAUUUGUAUACAGCAAAGGAAGAUAGGAAGUGUAUAAUUGUUUAGUCACACUUUUUUGCUUCUCUGUUUUGCAUUUGCCCGUUUUUGUUCUGGUGUACCAAUUUUCCUUGUACUCAUUUUCCAUUCCCUCUCUGUAAACUAAACAUAAGAGACACAUACAUACAUGCAUACGUAAAUACAUACUCCCUCCAUCCCAAA